AUGCCAAAAGUGGUCCUUGCUUCCCGUGCGCACAAGGCGGAUUCGAUAUUCCUCCGGGAGUGGCUCGUAGAUGCAGUCGUCCCUGCCCUCGAGAGGUCUGGCGCCUGCGCACCGUGGGCAGGCGUGGAGUGCUUCAUUCCUGCCUUACCCCCCGCCACAGCGACAUUAUCGCUCGAACCCACGGUUAUACAAAACCCCAAACGCUUCCUGCGCAUUGUGCGUUUCACGAGAGUGCAUGACUUCGCCGUGUGCGCGGUCGCACGCGACGCUGGCUGUUGCAUCCUUAGUUGAAUUUACGCCCCAUUGUGUCUCCAACUUCGAGCGCCGUUAUCACCAGCGAAUCACGUCCAGCACUGUCAACAGCCUCUUUGUGAUAGGCAACACUAGUCUACUGUUUUACGCUCGGUCAGACGCCGCAGCUGCGUUUGAGGUGCCCGCCUUGAUGAAUGGAUCUUCCACUCUGCCUGUACUCCGUGUCGGCGAUUGCGCAAUCUUCGAUCAGGACCAAGUAGAGUCACAUCGACGCUUCCCACUGGUACAAGAGCACCCGAGGUUCGUGCAGUCCUUGGAUAUGGCUAUGCAAGGCUCGGUAUUAAGUAGGUAUACAUAG